AUGAAGAGUUCGACAUAUCAAAUGCGACGAAGCACUUCCUUCCUGCAAUCGGUGUAUGCUGGUAGGAAAGAAAUGCGAAUACACGGCUCCUACUAAGAAAAUCAAACCAAAACCCUCAGUCCCACGAAAAAUCAAAAAGGUUCCUGGAGAAAUCGUCUUCUCGGUGUCAGACAAUGAUCCCUUGACACCACAAUCAUCGCCGGAGCUCUCGUCGCCGAUCGUUCGCCAAGAUACAUUAUAUUUUCAAUAUUUCCGUGAAAUCGUCGCAGAAUCAUUGUCCUGGUCUAUCGAUUCCGAGUUUUGGAAACGGGCUGUUUUGCAACUCUUGGAUUCGGAAGAAUUUAUUCAACAAGCUGUCGUUGGCCUUGCACGAUUGCAUCGAUGA